AUGCCUACUUUUCUUGGAAAAGAUAUCGGGGCCACUGGUCUCGGUCUGAUGCGCUUCACUCUCCCUGGAAGUGUUGUGAGCGAUGAGACUGCCUUCGCCGUCCUUAGGGCUGCUCUAGACAAUGGUGUCAACGUCUGGAAUGCUGCUGAUUUUUAUGGUACCCCAGACAACAACUCCCUCCACCUGCUGCAACGGUAUUUCGCUGCUUACCCAUCUGACGCCGAGAGGGUUGUCCUUACUGUUAAGAGCGGGGUUGCGGAUAUGCGGACCUUCUCCAUGGAUUGUUCCCCUGCGGCUGUCCGUCGCUCUGUUGAUCGUGCCAAUGCUAUUCUCGCAGGCACCAAGAAGAUCGAUCUGUUUGGGCCUGCUCGAGUAGACCCAGAUGUGCCAAUCGAAGAGACCGUCACGACAUUGAAGGAAUUAGUUAAUGAGGGCAGAAUUGGUGGCAUUCAGCUGAGUGAGGUAAAUUCAGAGACCAUAAUGAGGGCGCAUGCAGUUGCCCGGAUAGAUAUGGUAGAGGCCGAAAUUAGUCUGUGGGCAACAGACGUCUUCACGAAUGGAGUUGCGAGAACCUGUGCCGAGCUGGGUAUCGUGAUGGAGGCCCAUACACCCCUAGGAGCAGGUAUGCUGACGGGGAAAAUCAAGAGCCCGGACGAUAUGCCCCCGAAUGACCAUCACCGGUGGUUUCCCAGGUUCCAGCCCGAGAAUUUCAGCAUCAAUUUGGACCUGGUAGAAAAGCUUGGGCAGGUCGCUGAGGGAAAGGGUUGUACCCCUGCACAACUCGCUUUGAGUUGGAUCCGGGCUCGGAGCGGCGCCAGACAAUGGCCCAUGAUUAUCCCUAUUCCAGGGGCGAGCAGUGUGGGUAGAGUCAAAGAAAACAGUCUCCAUGUGUCACUGUCUCAUAAGGAUAUGGAGGAAAUUGAUGGGAUCCUGAGCCGAUGCCCUGUGGCCGGGGAUCGCUAUCCUGCAGCAGCAGCAAAGCUCAAUCAGUAUUAA